AAGCGAGUGUGAGUCAGUGAGUGAGACAGUGAGAGAGAGAGAGAGAGAGUCCGGGCGGUUUCCUGUGUUUGUGUGGCUCAGGGAGGGGGAGAGCUGGGAGCUGUAGCUGCUGCCACUUGAUCAUGGCAUAAAGAAGAGGGGGAAGCAACUUCCCACAGCUCGUAUGCAACCCUAAAUGCACGAAUCCCACCCGACAAGGACAGUAAAGAAGAAAAAUUCAGACAAAUUUAACGAAAAUGGCGAACGACUCUCCUGCUAAAAGUCUAGUGGAGAUAGAUCUCUCCUCUUUGCGGGACCCAGCGGGCAUAUUUGAAUUGGUUGAAGUCGUCGGAAACGGUACAUAUGGGCAAGUGUACAAGGGUCGUCAUGUCAAAACAGGACAACUGGCAGCUAUUAAAGUCAUGGACGUUACAGAGGAUGAAGAAGAAGAAAUUAAACUGGAGAUCAACAUGUUGAAAAAAUAUUCUCACCACAGAAAUAUAGCAACCUACUAUGGUGCUUUUAUAAAGAAAAGUCCUCCUGGUCAUGAUGAUCAACUCUGGCUUGUCAUGGAGUUCUGUGGUGCAGGAUCCAUUACAGACUUGGUGAAAAACACAAAAGGAAAUUCACUAAAGGAAGACUGGAUUGCGUACAUCUGCAGGGAGAUACUUCGGGGACUUUCACAUCUUCACAUCCACCAUGUCAUUCAUCGUGAUAUCAAAGGGCAGAACGUAUUGCUAACAGAAAAUGCUGAAGUGAAGCUGGUGGAUUUUGGUGUUAGUGCACAAUUAGACAGGACCGUUGGCAGAAGAAAUACCUUUAUUGGGACACCCUAUUGGAUGGCACCAGAGGUCAUUGCUUGUGAUGAGAAUCCAGAUGCAACAUAUGAUUAUCGAAGUGACUUAUGGUCAUUGGGAAUCACAGCUAUUGAAAUGGCAGAAGGAGCACCUCCUCUUUGUGACAUGCAUCCAAUGAGAGCACUCUUCCUCAUUCCCAGGAAUCCACCUCCACGGCUGAAGUCUAAAAAAUGGUCAAAGAAAUUUUUCAGCUUUAUUGAGAGCUGUUUGGUGAAGAAUUACAUGCAAAGGCCUUCAACUGAGCACCUGUUAAAACAUCCAUUUAUCCGUGACCAGCCAAAUGAGCGGCAAGUUCGAAUCCAGUUGAAAGAUCAUAUUGAUAGAACUAGGAAGAAGAGAGGAGAAAAAGAUGAAACUGAAUAUGAAUACAGUGGGAGUGAAGAGGAGGAGGAGGAGUUGCCUGAGCAAGAAGGAGAGCCAAGCUCAAUUGUUAAUGUGCCUGGAGAAUCUACUCUACGUCGUGACUUCCUGAGAUUGCAGCAAGAAAACAAGGAGCGCUCUGAAGCCAUGCGUAGGCAGCAAAUCCUUCAAGAACAGCAGCUACGAGAGCAAGAAGAGUAUAAAAGACAGCUCCUCGCAGAGCGUCAAAAGCGUAUUGAACAACAGAAGGAACAAAGGCGACGACUUGAAGAACAGCAGAGAAGGGAGCGAGAAGCACGAAGACAGCAGGAACGCGAGCAGAGAAGACGUGAGCAGGAGGAAAAGCGAAAAUUGGAGGAACUGGAACGCCGAAAGAAGGAAGAGGAAGAAAGAAGAAGGGCAGAAGAAGAAAAGAGGCGAGUGGAGAGAGAGCAGGAGUACAUCAGACGUCAGCUUGAAGAGGAGCAACGUCAUUUGGAAAUUCUUCAGCAACAGUUACUUCAAGAACAGGCCAUGUUAUUGGAAUACAAGUGGCGUGAAAUGGAGGAACAGCGACAGGCUGAGAGAUUGCAGCGUCAGUUACAGCAGGAGCAAGCUUACCUUCUAUCUCUCCAGCACGAUCACAGACAGCAAGAGAGGAAUAAACCUUAUCAGGCACCAGAGCCUAAAUCUCUCUUUGAAACAACAGAUAGAAGUAGAGAGGUUGAUGACAGGUUCAAGAAGAGUAACCAGGGUUCACCUCAAGCACAAUCAAAACAGAAUAGUAAAAUUUUGGAGCCUCCAGUGCCUUCUAGAUCAGAAUCAUUUUCUAAUGGAAGUUCUGAAUCCAAUUCAGCUGCAUUGCAAAGGCCCGUGGAGUCACAGGUUCCAAUGAGAGCAGCACCUCGAUCUCCUGUAUUGUCGCGUCGGGAUUCUCCAUUGCAAAGCAGUGGUCAACCAAGUGUUCAAACUGGUCCAAAAAGCUCCACAAGCAAUAUAGAGCCCAGGCUGUUGUGGGAGAGGGUGGAGAAACUCGUACCAAGACCAGGCAGUGGCAGUUCCUCAGGCUCUAGCAACUCUGGCUCACAGCCAGGAUCUCAUCCUGGCUCUCAAACUGGAUCUGGUGAACGCUACAGGCUACGAUCAUCGUCAAAGUCUGAGGGUUCACCAUCCCAACGCCAUGAUAAUCUUAACAAGAAACCAGAGGAGAAAAAGGACUUCAGGCCAAGUAGACCAGCUUUUCAGGAUCUUGCUGCUUUGGCUAAAGAGCUUCGAGCUGUGGAUGAUGUUCGACCUCCUCAAAAAGUUACAGAUUAUUCUUCAUCAAGUGAUGAAUCAGGAACUACUGAUGAAGAAGAUGAAGAUUUGGAACAAGAAGGGACAGAUGAAACCGGACCUAUGUCAGAUGAUGCUCGAGCAGUAUCUUCAAAACUGAGCAAUGGUGAAACUGAAUCAGUGAAUACGAUGAUUGUUCAUGAUGAUCUGGAGCUGCUGGCUGAAACGCCUGUUACUCCCUCUAAAGAUGGCACUUUAAUUGUUCGACAGAGCGCAGGUGAAUUAAAGCGUGCCAGCCACCAUGAGAGUAAUGGCUUUGCAACCCGCAUUCACCUCUUGCCAGAUCUCAUACAGCAAAGCCAUUCCUCCACCUCCCCAACCAGCCAGCAGUCUCCCAUCAUGCCCCCUCAGCUGCCCCAGGACGAGCUCACUACUAAUGAGACCCCAUCAGCAGGAAAUACACUCCAGAAACACAAAUCAUCAUCUUCAUUCACACCAUUUAUUGAUCCCCGAUUGUUGCAAAUAUCCCCAUCUAGUGGAACCACUAUAUCUUCAAUGGUUGUUUUCUCUAAUGACCAGAUUAGACCCGAGUCAGUGAAGCAAGAUCCGAGCAGAAAAGGAUCUGUUGUCAAUGUAAAUCCAACCAACAUCAGGCCACAGAGUGACACACCAGAAAUCCGGAAGUACAAGAAGAGAUUCAACUCUGAAAUCCUUUGCGCUGCAUUAUGGGGUGUGAAUUUAUUAGUGGGUACAGAAAGUGGGCUGAUGCUGCUGGACAGGAGUGGUCAAGGAAAGGUGUAUCCUCUGAUUAAUCGUAGACGUUUUCAGCAAAUGGAUGUGCUUGAAGGAUUGAAUGUGCUGGUGACAAUAUCGGGGAAGAAAAACAAAUUGCGAGUAUAUUAUUUGUCCUGGUUAAGAAACAAGAUAUUGCACAAUGAUCCUGAAGUAGAGAAAAAACAAGGCUGGACAACAGUUGGGGACUUAGAAGGAUGUGUACACUACAAAGUUGUAAAAUAUGAGAGGAUCAAGUUUCUAGUAAUUGCUUUGAAGAAUUCUGUGGAAGUCUAUGCAUGGGCACCAAAACCAUACCACAAAUUUAUGGCCUUUAAGUCAUUUACAGACAUGUUGCACAGGCCAUUAUUGGUAGACCUCACAGUGGAGGAAGGGCAGAGGCUAAAAGUGAUCUAUGGCUCCAGCGCUGGCUUCCAUGCUGUUGAUGUGGAUUCAGGAACUGUGUAUGAUAUUUACCUGCCAACACAUAUCCAAAGCAGCAUCCAACCACAUGCAAUUAUCAUACUUCCAAACACUGAUGGAAUGGAAUUAUUGGUCUGCUAUGAGGAUGAAGGAGUCUAUGUUAACACGUAUGGACGAAUUACUAAGGAUGUAGUUCUACAAUGGGGAGAGAUGCCUACUUCUGUCGCCUAUAUUCGAUCUAAUCAGAUUAUGGGUUGGGGAGAAAAAGCCAUUGAAAUCCGCUCAGUGGAGACUGGACACUUGGAUGGUGUAUUUAUGCACAAGAGAGCGCAGCGACUAAAGUUCCUUUGUGAACGAAAUGAUAAAGUCUUCUUUGCUUCAGUCCGUUCUGGUGGAAGCAGCCAGGUUUACUUCAUGACUCUUGGUAGGAGUUCACUCCUCAGCUGGUAGGAAAGCUAUUUAUGCGUCAAGAGCAACGGGAGUCUUCAGAAGAUCUUGGAAACCUUGAAUUAACUAACAACUGGAGAACAAACUGCACUGAUGCAAUGCAUUGCUUAACCCUGUCACUGAAAUUGUGAUCUGUAAAAAGGAAGCAAUGCUACUGGUGCUGUUAGAAUUUAACUGUCAGGUGACAGCCAGUCUAGAGUAGAAGAAAACACCUCAUCUCAAAUAUACAUCCCUUAAUUUAAGAUGACUAUGUAUUACUUGAGAAAAGUGCCCUAAGAAUGCAGAUGGUUGGUUUUAAGGUGGUUGGACAAGUGAGAAGUGGAAACAGUGAUAUGCUGACAGUAGAGAAAUUUGUAGCAUGGGAAAGGGGAAAUUUGUUUUUAAAAUGUGUGUCAUUCUAAGUGACUUUUCUUUUGUAAGGUAACAGAGUGUUAAGGAGAAAAAAAUGCAAGUUAGGAGUUUUUAUUGAAAUGUGAAUGACAAAUGAAAGCAAUUAAUUGUGUUGGUCUUUGCAAGGGACGGGUGUUUUGGUCAUUUUCUGUAUAUCAGGUUUUGCUUGUGUUCUCCAAAACUCUUUUUAAAAGUCAGUUGAAAUUGGUGUGGAGGACAAGGUUUUCAGAUUUGUAUGGCUUUGUGGGGCAGAACAGAAACUUGAUGUUUGGUUAUGUUACAGUAUUAUGGAUGCCUCUCCAAGAUUUUACUUAUUUGUAGCAGUAAAAAAAAGCAGUUUAACAAAUCCUGCACUCGUAAAUCUCCCGAACUACUUAUUAAAAUAAAUUGUUUUGCCUACCUCAUUUGUUUAAGAAAGGAAAAAAAAAGAGGUGGUUUAGUCAUUUUAAUAUUAUUUGUAUCUGAAACUUGCGCAUCUUUGUCUAAGUUAAAGUUUAUUGAUACCAAAUUUAUGAUUAAAAUGUUUGUCUACUGUUGAUUAAAUUGCAGCUUGUUUUAGCGGGCAAACAAUGUGACUUUUUUGUAAUUGGAUAAUGCCAGCUGAGGGCAGAAACUGACAGAUCUGUGGUCAGCUGUUGAGGUUAGAAGCAGAAAAUCGAGGCAAAUAAUCAACUGUUCUAAAUGUGGUUGUCAGAGAUCAACAUGUAAUUGUUAUCUUCUACUUACAUGCAGAUAGUGACAACUACCUUUGUUUUGUUACUCAGCCCAGAAUCCGAAUCAAGUAACAGUUCGAAAAUAGUUUUGCUAAGCUAUUCUGGUAUUAGAUUAAAGUGUAUAGGUAGUAGGGAGCAGGUGGCUGAUUAAAGAUACAAUGCACUAAAACACUUAAUUUCAAGAAUGUAGUGAAACUGCUUAUCAAUACAAUAUAUCUUCCCUAAUUUAGAUCCAAAAUUUCGCUGUGGAAAGAUUUUUUUAAUAUUGCUGCAAACAGAAUUUUAUUUUACAUAUGUUAGACAUUUACAAAUGUGUCUACAGUAAUAAUCUGUUGAACUGUCACUCAAUUACUUGAGAUACCUAUAGUGUAUAGUAUACUAUACUGGUGAUGUAAUAAUGCACAAUAGCAUUAUAUUGAUCUUACAAUAUGUUAAACUUUUUUUUGGUACUUUGUAGACAGCUGCCUUAUGCUGUUAUGUGCACAGGAUCUCAACACUUUACAGGGCUUAGUUCUCUCAGUGGAGACUUCAUUCUACAGUGAAAUAUUCUCACUAGUGGUACAGUGAAAUCAAAGAUGUGCCAUGAGAAUUUUUCAUUCAUUCAUGUCACUGUGAUAUUUUUUCCUCUAGCAGUUCCUGGUCACUGAAUAAUUUGCAAUAUUUGUCCUAUAUCAUCUGUUAAUAACAGUAAAAGAAGUCAUAGAAAAUUCCUGACGUAAGUAGGUUUACCAUAAGCAGAAUAUUUUUUGGAUUUAACAAAAACACUUAAGUCCCGAUGACAGUUAGAAGUAAUCCUCUGUCUCAGCAGAGUCACUGAUUAGCAAUUCCCACUUACGAGAAGUGCCAAGGUGGCAUAACAGUAUUACAAAACCACUACGUCUAUAUUUGAAGAAUAAUUUCAACACAAGUUUUAAUACUUGUAGGUUUAGUGGAAAAUGCCUAUAAUUACUUUUGAAUUUUACUACUUUAUUUUAAGUCAAAUAAUGCUUGUUGUAUGACUGCAGUGUCUCUAUUUUAUGCACGUUAUGUUUGAAAAAAUGUUUACAAAAAUUCUUUUGUUACACUAAUGUGCAUCACAUAUUUAUGUUUUUUUUUCAAAUUGUCUGUUAUAAGUUUUAGUUUUGUAUUAUGAGAACACGUGAUGUUUAUAACCCUGAACUCUGCUGAUAACCAAGAAGCUGAUGUAAAACAAAAUUGAGGUGUUACUGUGUCUAGCUGCAAAGCAGGUUGGGAAAUAUGGUUACAAGUAAACCUCUUCAAACAGUUUUCUGCUAUGUGAUCUAACUUAUGUCUUCUGUGUAUUAUGGGAAUUUCUGUAUUUUCUCUGACAUUCAUCUUUUCUUGAAUAAAAUCAACUAAAUGCACAUUGUGCAUAACACAA